AUGUUGUCGCGCUAACUGUGCUCACAAGCCUUCCAAACAUCGAAUUGGUCGGGUGUCCUCAACAGUCGCUCCGCAGCCACUGACAGAAACAGAAGCGAAAACCAAAAACUAAAAACCGAAAACCGAAAGUCCCGCAAUCCAAAAAUCGCCAAAAGACCUGUCCAGCCAGCGACUGCUUAGCCAAUCAUAUAACUGUAAAGUGGAAGUGGAAAAACGUGCAGUACACGUCCAAGAACCAACAUGGCACUCCGCGUAGCCGGACUCUUCCUGAAGAAGGAGCUGGUGGCUCCCGCAACGCAGCAGCUGCGUCUGCUGCGUACUAGCACUACGACUCGCACCCAGUUCUUAGCCAACUCCCCCAACACGGUCCUGGACAAGAGCAUUCUGCAGCGGUACCGCAACCUGGAAACACCUGCCAAUCGGGUGCAGGCCACUUACCUAUGGAUCGACGGCACCGGUGAGAACAUUCGCCUAAAGGAUCGCGUCUUGGACAAGGUACCCAGUUCCGUGAACGACUUGCCGGACUGGCAGUACGACGGCAGUUCCACCUACCAGGCCCAUGGCGAGAACUCGGACACCACGCUCAAGCCACGCGCCAUAUACCGCGAUCCAUUCAAGCCGGGAAAGAACGACAUAAUCGUCCUGUGCGACACCUACAGCGCCGACGGCAAGCCUACGCCCUCCAACAAGCGUGCCGCGUUCCAGGCAGCAGUUGACCAAAUUGGCGACCAGGAUCCCUGGUUCGGCAUUGAGCAGGAAUACACUUUGCUAGACGUGGACGGACGUCCCUUCGGCUGGCCGGAGAACGGUUUCCCAGCCCCACAAGGACCUUACUACUGCGGCGUGGGAGCUGACCGCGUCUACGCCCGCGAUCUUGUAGAGGCCCACGUCGUGGCCUGCCUGUACGCUGGGAUCGACUUCGCCGGCACCAAUGCCGAGGUGAUGCCCGCCCAGUGGGAGUUCCAAAUUGGACCAUCCGGGAUCAAGGCCUGUGACGAUUUGUGGGUGUCGCGAUAUAUCUUGCAGCGCAUAGCUGAGGAGUAUGGCGUGGUGGUCACAUUCGACCCCAAGCCGAUGGAGGGCCAGUGGAACGGAGCCGGCGCACAUACCAACUUUUCCACCAAGGAGAUGCGUGCCGAGGGCGGAAUCAAGGCCAUCGAGGAGGCCAUCGAGAAGCUGAGCAAGCGCCACGAGCGGCACAUUAAGGCAUAUGACCCCAAGGAAGGCAAAGACAACGAGCGGCGCCUCGUGGGACGUCUGGAGACUUCCAGCAUCGAUAAGUUCUCCUGGGGCGUGGCCAACCGUGCCGUGAGUGUGCGAGUGCCGCGAGGCGUGGCGACGGCCGGUAAAGGAUAUCUCGAGGACCGGCGGCCAAGCUCCAACUGUGAUCCCUACGCCGUGUGCAACGCCAUUAUCCGCACCUGCCUGCUUAACGAGUAAGCGGUGAGCGCGGAAACGGGCGUUCAAUCUUUUGUACAUUAUGUUUUAUUGAACUGUGAAGCGUAUCCGAUCAUUUGGACAUAUUCACAUUGAACUGAAGCAAAAUUUGGCUUGCUUGUGCAAAAAAGACAGGAGACCGAGGCACGAAAGCGUGCGCUUAGAAUUUAAGAAGUGGGUGGGUGGCAAGAAAAACAGCUAAAGGGAACAUUUUACCUGAAAGCGAUGGGGCCUCAAUAAUACUUUGCCAUAUAUCUUACAAAUUAUGUAUAUCUUACCAUUGCUUUAAUCUAAAUAAUAAACAACAUUGUACCCUACGUUAAUUCGUUACCUGUAGAUCAAACAAAAAUAUGUUUGGUUUGGAUGUUGAAUUCAGCCAACGUCAUUUGUGACCCUUCAAUUUUUGAACGCACUUGUUUAAUAACCAGUAAGGGUUUCUAAAUGUUACAUUAAAGAAAGAAAUAUCAGUGAAGUCGGUCGAUUUGCAUAUUACUCAUUCAUAUCCAUGCGCACGAAUACACAUUUAAGUGUAAAAUUUGUUUAUAAAUACUAAUUGUUGAUUAGAAGUUGUUGAAUACAAAAAAAACUUAAUAAAAUAAUAUAAUAUAUAUUGGUA